UUCAGAGGACAGCCCCCAAAAACGGCUAAAUGAGUAGGCAGAGAGCAGGAGACGGCUGCCUGGUGCGUGAAACAGGGGGUCGAGGGAGGUUUAGAAGCUGCUUACAUGCUAAAGCUUGGAGAGGCAGCAGGUUCCGUUUCAUGGUAACAUCUCCUCUGUGUUUGAGACCGAAGCGUCUUUUUCAUCAUGAGGAACCUGCUUGGGUCCGUUGUUCUGCUGCACCUCAUGGGGGUCUGUUUAUCCCAGUUCCCUCGCCCCUGUGCCAACUCCGAGGGGCUUCGAACCAAAGAGUGCUGUCCGGUUUGGGAAGGAGACGGCUCGCCCUGCGGGGCCCUGUCUGGUCGCGGGUUCUGCACCGAGGUUCUGGUCUCAGAUGAGCCCAACGGGCCACAGUACCCGCACGCCGGGAUCGACGACAGAGAGCGCUGGCCCUUGGCUUUCUUCAACCGGACGUGUCGCUGUGCCGGAAACUACGGGGGGUUCAACUGCGGAGAAUGCAGGUUUGGGUACUGGGGAGCAAACUGCGCUCAGUACAGAGAGUCGGUGCGCAGGAACAUCAUGACCAUGUCCACCGUCGAGCAGCAGAAGUUCAUCUCUUACCUCAACCUGGCCAAAAACACCAUCCACCCUGACUACGUCAUCUCCACGGCGACGAGAUCCGAGAUGGGGGAAAACGGGGAGAACCCCAUGUUCUCUGACAUCAACACCUACGACCUGUUUGUCUGGAUACACUACUACGUCUCCAGAGACACCUUCUUGGGGGGGCCGGGCAACGUGUGGAGAGACAUCGACUUUGCCCACGAAUCCGCGGCAUUCCUGCCCUGGCACCGAGUCUUCCUGCUUCACUGGGAGAACGAGAUCAGGAAGAUUACGGGGGAUUUUAACUUCACCAUUCCCUACUGGGACUGGAGGAACGCCGAGUCCUGCGAGGUGUGCACCGACGCGCUGAUGGGCGGACGCAACUCCCUCAAUCCCAACCUCAUCAGCCCUGCUUCUGUCUUCUCCUCGUGGAAGGUGAUCUGCACGCAGCCCGAGGAGUACAACAACCGAGAGGCCUUGUGCAACGCCACUGGAGAGGGUCCACUGUUGCGUAAUCCGGGCAGCCACGACAGCAACCGCGUGCCCAGACUUCCCACGGCAGCUGAUGUGGACUUCGCCGUGGGCCUUCCCGAGUACGAGACGGGAAACAUGGACCGAUUCGCCAACAUGAGCUUCAGAAACGUCCUGGAGGGAUUUGCGAGCCCAGAGACAGGCCAAGCAGUGCCAGGCCAGAGCACCAUGCACAACUCCCUGCACGUCUUCAUGAACGGCUCCAUGUCCUCCGUCCAGGGUUCAGCCAACGACCCCGUGUUCCUGCUGCACCAUGCCUUCAUUGACAGCAUUUUUGAGCGCUGGCUUAGGACCCACCAGCCUCCCCGGAGCAGCUACCCAAGAGCCAACGCCCCCAUUGGCCAUAAUGCCGGCUACUACAUGGUACCUUUCCUGCCCCUCUACAGAAACGGAGACUACUUCCUGUCCAACAAGGCGUUGGGAUAUGAGUAUGCUUACCUGUUGGAUCCAGGCCAGAGGUUUGUGCAGGAGUUUCUGACCCCCUACUUGCAGCAUGCCCAGGAAAUCUGGCAGUGGCUGCUGGGGGCCGGGAUCCUGGGAGCUUUGAUCGCUUCGAUUAUUGCCGCUUUGCUUGUCGUCGGAAGGAGGAGGUGGAAGCGGAACCAGAGAAAGAAGAGGGCAUCGAGCUACGGAGAGAGGCAGCCACUGCUGCAGAGCAGCUCAGAGGAAGGCUCAUCGUCGUACCAAACCACUCUUUAACCAAAAGCAGACAUUAUCCAAACAGCUGCACGCGAAUGUUCAAACUAUUCAGGACUUAACUGUGUUAAAAAAAAAGGCCAAUCAGAUGCAACACAAGGCAACUUGCGAUGAAUUUGGCAAUAGAUGCAGGUAGAGAUGAGCCAGUAAAGCUUCAUAGAAGAGAGCAAAACACAUAUUUCCCACCUUACCUGAUUUAUGUGAGCAGAGUCGUUGACUUUCAGAGAGCUGCACUUAAAACAUACUGAUUAUCUUUACUCACUCGUGAUGGCACAUCACAUUUGAACGUUUUUCUCAGUAACUUGAACUGUUAUUUAUCUCAUACUUUUUUAUCAUUUCCAAAACAGUAAGAGUAAUUCUGUUUACAUGAAACAUGUAGGGUGUCAAAACUUUAACUUCACUGAAUGGGGCCGCCUUUAAAUGUUAAAUGUCUCCGAUGCUGCUAAAGGACAACUUCAGGUCUGGUACCGUUUGCUCAGACUGUUGAAGGUUAUGAACGUCACGUGGAUUUCCUCCUUAUGCUUAGCUAUUACAAUCGUGAAGAGCAAACACCCUCUCUAGGUCUUGUUGAGCUAAGAAACUGAAGUCCAGCCUGCUUUUCUGCAUAUAAUUUCAAAUCGGCAUCUUCUCUGUGCAAGCAUUUCGGAGAAACUCCAAACUACGCCUGGCCAAAAAUGUGCCAAGUCUGUCUUGUGAUCAUGAUGCACCUCUGCACUCUUCUAUAGUGGUGAGAAAUAAAUCCCAACCCAGGUUUUGCGAGUUCACAAUGGUGCUAAAGUAUGGUGCAAUAAAAUGUUUUAUCUUACAAAAGCAAAUAAAGUGUUGGAUUAAGACCCAAAUGAA